AUGGAAGUUUCUGGAAGAAAGGAAGGAAUUAAGAGCUCCUUGAAUGACGUGGAGUUAGACAUAAGCAAUGAUCCAACAAGAUUGAAAAAGUCCUCUUUAGAGAAAAUGAAGAUACAACAGUUGUUCAAGAACGGCACUUCUGUUGAAAAUUGCGAAGAAGAAAGUCUUAAUCUUGGAUACUCGGAUUCCAAAGUAGGGCCAUUUAUUACCUCUAAAGAUCUCCAUGAGGAAAAUAAAGAAGAUUUAUCAAGCAAUGAUGGCAGUAGCAGUUCUGAUUGCAAAGAUUCAGACGAAUGUGAGGGGCUUUUGAGUAUAUAUUCUCUCAAGGAGGCAGAGAAUCUAUAUAAAAAUAUCAAGACUCCAAGUAUCUCUGAUAUGGCUAUCGAGAAAAAUAGAAGGAACCAUCCAAAUCCGAAGUUCCUAUGCAAUGCAGAAGGAAGAAAUAACUAUACUGUGGUUCUUGAAGACCUUUACUUCAAGCAAAAGACCAAGAGCUUGAAGAAGGAAAUCAAGUUAAAGCAUCUUCUUGAGGAGUUUUUUAGUGAACUAGACAAAUUUGUCCUUAUUGCAAACUACUGUCUCAAGAGUACUGAGAUCUCCGAUGGAGACGAAGAUUUCAAUUUUGCUUUGGAAUGGAUAAGAGAUGCAUUUCAUUGGUUAGGAAUUGAAGGAGCAAAGUACUACGCCCGGAAGUCGCCUGGCCCAUACAGCGGGUGGGUCUCUGAUGUGGAGUUUUUGAUGAAUAGAUAUUUCUUUAGUCCAGACUUCAACCACGUGAACGGGUUUGACAUUAAGCAGUCUGUACACGAGGGAUAUGGGUUUGUGGAGAACCGAUAUGGUAAAUUUCAUCUUUCUUACCAGCCAUAUCCCGGGUACUACGACGUAAGCAAAGACACCAUCCGGUUCUGCUCCGAAUGUAACCUUCUGCUUCCUCCCAGCCUGUGUUUGCUUGAUUCCCGCUGUCAGGAGACCUCUGAUGAAAAGGAGGAAGAAAUAUCCUAA